GGGGUAUAAAUAUAGGGUUCAUCGAGGCACGCUGACAGUAAGAGUAAAUACCAAACGGAAUCGCUUACAAAUUUUCAGGAUGGCGGGAUUGAAAAUAGCGUUACUCUUCGGCUGUUUGGCUCUGGCUGCGGGGCGUACUCUUAUUGUACAGAAAGCUUCACUGUCUUUGACAGAAGAUUCUGAAGAUGCAGACGAACUAAAUGAAAUUCUGCGGACCGUUUCUGGCUAUUCUGACGUCAUUUCCGGUGAAGAAUAUGACGACAUUGUUCAAGGCUGUAGCAAAGGGAGAUGCAAGUUUUGCAGGGAUUUACAUGGAAAUGACGUCUGCUUAGAAGCAACCUUAAAGAAGACUGGUGUCGUGAUAAAAGUUACUCUUGACAACGAACAGAUAGGGAAAACAGUCGUCACAGGUCCUAAUCCACCGAAAGUGUGCAGACGAUCCAUACCAGGUUUUCCGGCAAUUAAAGAUGUCUGCUUAGAAGUCAAGGACGUUAAUGUUCAGCAAUUAUCCGGUUGCGUCUAUGUCUCCUUUCAGGCUAGACGCACACAAUUCAACGUUAAAAUUGGGUGCUUCAAGAUACCAACCAGUGAUGGUGUGAACCAAAUAAGAGAAACUGAGUUGGGGCAGGUUGAAGAACAUGGUACCAGAGCUGAAAACGAGGAGACCGUUGUUAUGUUUGAGGGGAUCGACAGCUAAUAUGCAAAAAUCGAUUCUCCUCAUUCAAUAUUUCAACCACUUAUAUGCCGGAACAAAUUGUUGAAAUAUGUUAUUGACACUUGCAUGUUAAAAUUCUUGUUCUUUAUAUGAGUUAUAUUUAUUCCACACCUUCUUUUUUUAUCUCCUUCAAUUAGCGUAUGUGACCGUAUUAUAUAUUCCCAUGUUAGUUACGAAAUAACAGUAUCACUUUAUUGAAUGGUAAGAGUCCAAAGAAUCCCAUAAAAGCCGCUUAACAAUAGUGUACACAUAUUGAGCCAUUUUACACAUAUUGUACACAUAUUGAGCCAUUUUACACAUAUUGUACACAUACUGCGUCAUCUUACAAAUAGUGUAUCCAUAUUGUACACAUGUGGCAUUUUAAACGUAUUGUACAUAUUUUGUGAAAUUUUACGCAUAGUGUGCAGAAUCCUGUUAGUCAGGCUCAUAUUAGACAUUAGUAAAGGAUGGACAGUUGAGUUAAAAGUUUCUAAAUGUUUACUGUGAUAUAAUUCGUGUUACUCUGUCAGGAUUUCUAACAAUUUUUUCCGAAUAAACUUGUUGUGGUGCGACUGUUUUAGGGUACAUGGCGUUCCCUUGUGUGUUCGUCCUUGUUCGGCUUUCCCCAACGGACGCUCCCCCCCCCCCCCCCACCACCGACCCCAUUUCGCCCGUUGCCGUUUCCGUCCCCUCCAUCAAUAUUUAACAUAAUUUAAUAUGUAUCUGUUGGAUGUUUGAAGCAACCCGUCUGAAAUAUUUUUCCGUUACAGCUUCUUUUUGUUGUGGGCCUGCUAUGUAAAUGCGUGGCUCUGGGUCUGUGUUUUUGGUGUUCUGUGCUUCCGGGAAAUCUACCAUUACCUAUUAUCUUUUGUUUAAAAACUAAGAUCGGAUAAUGCCACGCUCGCAGUUAACGUUGACGACUUUAUUACUUUUACUUAGUGUGUGUAAUAAAAAAAAGCAAUAAAAAUAGAAUAAAAAUUG